AUGACACCACUAGAAUCACCACCAGUACUAGAACAACAACAGCAACAAGUAACAUAUUAUACUGACCAAGUAAACGAUAUAAUACAAAGAAUCAAACAACGCUACCAUAUUCAACAACAACAACAACACCACUUAUGUAGAUUAUUAAUAUCACUUGCUGGUAUUCCAGGUUCAGGUAAAUCAACAUUUAGUCAUCAAUUAAUACAACAAUUAAACAAACAGCAACAUCUUAAAUCAAUUGUAAUUCCACAAGAUGGAUUUCAUUUACAUCGAUCACAAUUAUCACAACUACCAAAUCCAGAAGAAGCAUUCAAAAGAAGAGGAGCACCAUUCACAUUCAACCCCCAAGCAUUUGUUGAGUUGAUAAGGAAAUUAAAAGAUCCAGAUUGGAAAGAUAAGACGAUUUAUGCUCCUUCUUUUGAUCAUAAAUUGAAAGAUCCAAUUGAAGAUGAGAUUAAAAUUGAUUCUGAUGUUGAAGUUAUUAUAAUUGAAGGGAAUUAUGUAUCUUUGACUGAUGAAUAUUGGAAUGAUAUAAGUGAAUUGGUUGAUGAGAGUUGGUUUAUACAAACUGGCUUGUCGGUUGUUAGAGAUAGAAUUAUUAAGAGACAUUUACAAGCAGGGAUUUCCAGUACUAUGGAAGAAGCAAUUGAAAGAACUGAUGGGAAUGAUUUGGUGAAUGCGAAGUAUAUCUUGGAACAUUCUAAACCAACUGAUGUGGUUAUAAUUACAAAGGAAUAA